AUGCUCUUACACAAGCCCAUAUGUAUCUGUUAUGUUUCUCUCUUUCUCCCUCUUAACGUUCGCAAUCAACGAGUACAAACAAGCCGAGCAUAUCGUCGCCUCGUUCGCUGACUGCCUCUUACUGUUCGGCUGCUUCGUGCCUUUUCGUAUGUUCAGUUCAGUCUCGAAACUCGAAUAGUUCAGAAGCUAUGGAUACGCAAACUCAGCUACAUUGAAAACUCUAACGCAUUUAUAAAAUAAUACAAAAAAAAAUAUUACUAUAAAAAGAGUACAAAAAUAAAAUGAUUUCGGUUUAACGGCCCAAUCUAAAUUGUGAUAUUGGUAGUAUUUUAAAAAGCAACAAUACAAAUUUAAUCAAAUACAGAACGUGUGUGCGUCUUUAGCUCUUUUUGCUUUCGUCUCUGUGUUUUGUAUUUUCCGUCAACGUCAAAUUUGUCGCUCGGAAAAAAAUCGAUAAGUGUGCUGCGAGAAUAGCAAAAAAUAGACUUUCGUGUCGAAUCUCAACAAUAUAAAAUACUUAACAAAUUAACAAGCAGAGCUGGUGGGGAGAACUUGAAUUUUUCAACAAAAAGAGAAAAAUUGUCAAGUUUGAUAGUCCAAGAAGAGAAGCAACAACAACAAGAACAACAACAACAGCAGCAGUUCAAGCAACAACAACAACAGUUCAAACAACAGCAACAAAAUGGCAAAUGUAGCAACGCAAUCGCGGUAUAUUCCACCUUGUAGGCCAACAGCCACAGCAGCAACAGCAACAAUAGCAACAACAACGACAACAACAUUAAUUCCACUGCAGGAUCGGGAUCGAGAUCGCGAUCAGGUGGACAACAGCACGAAUACAACGCAGAUCUUCAAGUCCUGCUUUGUGAACAGAAUGAAUGAUAAAUACCAUCGAGAGGAUGAGCGAUUGAGGACAUUCGAUAGCUGGCGAGUGGCAUUUCUCGAUAAGAAGGAUCUGGCCUUGACGGGCAUGUUCUUCACCAAUCAGGAGGACAAGGUCAAGUGCUAUUUCUGUGAGGUGGAGAUCGGUCGCUGGGAGCGCGAUGAUCAUCCAGUAAAUGAGCAUUUACGCUGGUCUCCCAACUGUCCUCUGUUGCGUCGUCGCACCACGAACAAUGUGCCCAUCAAUCCGGAUGCUCUGGAGCGUAUCCUGCCGCCGAUAAGCUAUGACAUAUGUGGUUCCAACGAUACGUCGACUCUGGAGGUGCGCGAGCACGCCUACUCCGAGGGUCGCCAGAGGAAUGUGCCCACGGGGAUAACAUUCGCGCCAGCAAUGCAGCAGGUGGUGUCCACUGCCCACACGAUGCCCACAAUGCAGACGGGACCAUGCAGUCAGCGUGCUCAGACCCACAACGGUGGCAAUUAUUAUCCCGAGUAUCCCGAAUAUGCCAUCGAGACGGCGCGUCUGCGCAGCUUCGAGGAUUGGCCGCGCAACAUGAAGCAGAAGCCACAGCAGCUCGCCGAGGCGGGUUUCUUCUACACGGGCGUCGGCGAUCGCGUCCGAUGCUUCAGCUGCGGCGGCGGUCUCAAGGAUUGGGACGACAACGACGAGCCGUGGGAGCAGCACGCUCUGUGGCUGAGCCACUGUCGUUUCGUCAAGCUGAUCAAGGGUCAGCUGUAUAUCGAUCAGGUGGCUGCCGCUCAAGCCGCCCAGGAGCAGGAGCAAGUGAAGCCGUCAGCAGCGGCAUCCGGCGAGGAGAAGCAGAACUCAGCCAACACAGAGACAAGUGCAACAGGCAGCAGCAGCAGCAGCACAUCUACAAUCACAUCUCCAGCUUCAGUUACAGCUGCAGCUUCAGUUGCAGUUGCUCCCUUGGCCAUUCCCGCCGAGACUUUGCAGGCUGGGGACGUGGCGCCAACAGCUGCCACACGCAUCUUCGACAAAAUUGUGGCCCAGGGCUGCACAGAAGGCGCCCUGGCCAAGGUAUCGCCUGUAACUACGGCCACGGCCAUUCCAGAGGAGAAGCUCUGCAAGAUCUGCUAUGGCGCCGAGUACAAUACGGCAUUUCUACCGUGCGGCCAUGUGGUGGCCUGCGCCAAAUGUGCCUCCUCCGUAACAAAGUGCCCGCUGUGCCGGAAACCCUUCACCGAUGUCAUGCGUGUAUAUUUUUCUUAAAUGGCAUCAGUUCUAUCCCAAACUCUGUACAUCCAAACGAGGCCAGCGAGGCUGCUCUUGGCCAAUGUAAUAUAGAAUAUCCAACCGCAUCGCCACCACCUGCUCCACAUCCAACCCGACCCCGACCUGGUCCUCGAUCGUAACGGCCAGCUGG